AUGGCCAAUUUCAAGGGCCAUGCCCUCCCGGGGAGUUUCUUCUUGCUUGUUGGAAUAUGGUGGUCCUUGAAAUACUCAUUCAGAUACCUAAAUCAAAAAGGGAAAAGCAGAAAGAGGAACUUCUAUCAGAAGAUCGAGAUCAUCGAAGCGGGGAUCAGGCUCUUCUUUUCCAUAGUUGGGAUCUUUGCUGAGCAGUUUACUCCAGAUGGGGAUGGGCCCAAACUGCACCUGUACAAUGACCAAGACUGGAUAAAACUGAUGAACUGGCAGCAUACCACCAUGUAUUUAAUGUACGGGUUCUCUGCUGUCAUGGACAUACUCUCCUAUCUCAUCCCUGUCAUCCCUCUGGGGCUGGACCGGCUAGUGAUGACUUUGUCUAUCAUCACUGAAGGUAUUCUCUUCUAUUAUCAUGUCCAUAAUCGGCCACCACUGGACCAACAUAUCCACCUUUUCCUGUUAUAUCCAUUGUUUGGAGGGGCCAUUUCCACUUUCCUAGAAGUGUUUCUCAGGGACAACAUUGUUCUGGAGCUCUUCCGAACUAGCCUCAUUAUUACCCAUGGCUCCUGGUUCUGGCAGAUUGGGUUUGUGCUCUACCCACCUUUUGGAGGUCCUACAUGGGACGAAACAUCUCACAGUAAUAUCAUGUUUAUUACCAUGUGUUUCUGCUGGCACUACAUGGCUUCCAUGGUUAUCGUAGCCAUCAACUUCUCUCUGACGUAUGGCCUAAUAAGUCGGAUGAAGAGAUCCCAACAAGGUGAAGAAAACAUUGGGAUUCAAAAGCUGCCGUCCAGUUACAACUCUCAACAAGCCCUUCUGCAUGACACAGAAGAGGACUGAGACUCAAGGCUUGGGAGAACCAUUGUGAGCUCAAGCAGCUGGAGCCCACGUUCACAAUACCCUCCCUCCAUGAGCCCAUCCUCAGUGAUGUAGUAACUGUGCAACUCUCAGGGAACCUACAGCCCUCGUUCUUGUGCUUUACAAAGUUGUGGACUUUAAAAGGAGAAUGGUGGCUUUUGAUAGUUGAAUGUAUUGACCUUAUUUCUGUCUUCUUAAAGAACACUAGCAUUUGUUUGUGAUCUGAGACACUGUCCAGAAAUGAUUACUCCCUUCCACUACACUGAAUCCCUCUACCUCACUGAAUUGUUGGGGUUGGGGCUACUUUGUCUAGUAGGAAAUUAGAAAUUGUAUUCAAAUUCAGGGAUGGAAAAUUUGGCGGCUUAAUAUGUAUUCUUAUUUCCAAUGAUUCAGGACCAGGUUAGGUGCCUUCUGUAUGUAUUUUAAUGAAUUGUUUGGGUUUUUUUAAUUACUACAAA